CACACACACACACACACAUACACACACACACACCAACAUUUCCAUAAAAGCCUGAAGUACCCUGUUGUUUUCUCAGAGCUCCAAGCCUGCGUUCCCGGCAGCAUCAAGGAUCAGACACUCAGAAAAGGUCUGUGUCAUUUUAUCCAGUUAACAGAAGUCAAAACUCAGACACCGGGGAAGGAUGUGUGCAGCUGGAUGGAUGCUAACGCUUGUACUGAUUCGCCUCAUCGGGUCAGCUACCUCUUCACCCUUAAUCACUCCUGCUCCACCUCUUCCAUCCCAUAUAUCCCCUCCCUCAACAAACCUCCUGCCCCCAACCUCCACCGGCGGCCGUGCAGAGCUGGUAGCCACAGUGGACUGCAACCUGAAGAUUUCACCUUCAGUUCUUGUGGUCAGGUUUGGGGAUCCAGCCAAAGCUAACUGCUCAAAUCCAAGCACUGGGUUUUCAUUCCUUGGUUGGGAAAAUAUAAAGGGAGAUCCGCUUUACACAAUGGAAAAUUUCCUGGUGUUGAGUGUGGACAAUAUAACGGAAUGGAGCAUCAACCCUAUAUGCUUUGCAACCUCUGACCUGAGAGGGCCGUGCAACAUUUCACUCCCUUUAAUAGUCUACAAGCCACCAGAAAGAGUCUCCAUCCAGUUUUUGAAUCACACCGGCCCGAUGUUUGAGAACCAUAACUACACUCUGCAGUGCACAGUUCAGGACGUUGCACCCGUGGGAAAACUCGUUGUGACCUUCUAUAGAGGACAGACCCCACUGGGUCGGUUCCGCUCCAGCAGGAUCGCAGAGAAGACGCCAGUGAACGAGACCUUCACUCGGAUCGUCACUCCCCACAGAGGGGACAAUGGAAGCCAGUACUGGUGUGAGGCCAAGCUGGAACUGGGACCUACAGGACCGCAGCAUCCUCCGGUGGAGAUGUCGCAAAACCUCCCUGUGAUGGUCCUCUGGAAUCCAGAAGUUCAGCCGACAAAGCUGCACAUGAAAGAAGAGAAAUGUUUAGAGUGUGAAGUGGAAACAACCCAGCCACUAGGAGGAAGGGGAUCUACCAACAGCUACAGAGGAGGCUUCAUAUCGAUAGCGCUUCUUGCUCAUUUGAUUAACGGACUUUGAAACGUGAAGGAAAACAGAUCGACACCCAAGUGAAUUUGGUUUGGACUGGUCCUGAUGGGGGAAACAACUCAGAAGAUCCAUUUCUUUAAAUGAAAGCCCCCCCCCCCUUUUUGUUCCUUAUAAAAGGCCACAAACAGUAGGUUCCAAUAAAAGAAACGGCUCUCUUAUAAAGAGCCAUUGUUGAGGUACAUGUUCUGACAGUAUUUGACCAACUCUUGCUCAAAAAGUUCAAUCCCAUUUUUCUGAAUGCUGCUUUAAAGAAAAUAUUUUGUGCAUUAUAGCCUUUUGGAUAUUGUCAACUAGUGUACAUACUUAUGUUUCUGUCCAGAUUAAAUGUUGUGAAAUGUGCCUUUAGGCCUAACUUUACACAGCAAUUGAUAAAUUCAAUCAUUGUUUAAAUGUUUGUAGUGUCAAAAUAACAGCACUUCUUAAAGUUGAAACAGGUUUGUAAAAAUACAGAAGACAGGAAGUGUU